CUCCUUAACCUCACUAACACGUGCGAAUCCAAUUUCAGACUUCCAGUUCUAGGAGCCAAAAGCACGAAACCCUAGUAGCACCAAUUUCACAGCUGAGAGCUGCUCAAAGCAAAUACCAAUGGCGUGCAACGCCUCAAGCUGCCAGUCCAAUUGCCAUCGAAACGAAGAACAAGCACAAGAAGAAGAAUUUGGUGGGUCAGCUAAUUCGAUUUCUAAUUACAAUGAUCGGAAUCUGAAUGUUUGCGUCAAGUGCAAGUCCAACGAGCCCAUUUCUGGCGGCAACGCCGAAGAUGGGCGCUUUUGCGCUGAUUGCUUCCGAAGUAACCUGUAUGGGAAGUUCAGGCUCGCUGUCAUCUCCAACGCCAUGAUUUGUCCCACUGAUAACGUUCUCGUCGCCUUCUCUGGUGGCUCUUCAUCAAGAGUCGCUCUACAGUUUGUGCAUGAGAUGCAAGAUAAGUCCCAAAAGAAUUUUGAUGCAAGUAGAGAUAGAUCAUUACCGGUGUUUGGUGUUGGAGUUGCUUUUAUUGAUGAACGUGCGAUUUUCCCAGUUUCUUCUCAUGAAAUUGACAAAGCAAUCCAAGACUUCAGAUCGAUUGUGUCUGCUCUAGCCCCACCAAGAAAAGAGUUGCAUGUGGUUCCAAUUGAGAAUAUCUGCUCUUCUAGUUCCAGUGACGGAAGGGACAGAUUGAAGAACUUACUAGAUGCUAUUAGUGAUUCCACUGGAAAAGAAGAUCUUUUGCUGCAUCUACGAAUGUUGUCCUUGCAAAAGAUUGCCUCUGAAAAUGGAUACAACAGGGUCGUUCUAGGAUCAUGCACAUCGAGCAUUGCUUGCCAUGUUAUUUCUGCCAUUGUGAAGGGCCAGGGAUAUUCAUUGCCAGGAGAUAUACAAUAUGUUGAUGCAAGGUGGGAGAUCCCAGUAGUGCUUCCACUCCGUGACUGUCUUACACAGGAGCUCAACAGGCUUUGCCACCUUGAUGGGUUUGUAAUUUGACCCUUUUACAUUUACCUACA